AAAAUAUGACAUGCGGCUAAAAUUUAAAAGAAAUGGGUCUCAUGCCAAAAAGAGAAUGAAAACAAAAUUGUGUGGUUGUGAUUGAAGAAAAAAGAAUAGAUUUUGUGGUUGAAAUUGUCCGUUCGUUAAUCGGACGGAUGUGUUAUUGGUUUAUAUAUUUUGAUUGAUUUAGAAAUCCAUACAGUAUUUAUAAAUCCAAGUAAAAUAUACAAAUUUUCAAAUUCUCUCUGAUUAGUAUUUACAAAUCCGGAGGUUUUCCCUCAGAUUUGAGCAUUUGUAUUUUUAACAAAGAAAUCCAUGCAAAUCUAUUCAAAUACAUUAUGAAAUCAAAUCUAUUAGUAAAUCCGUAUGAUUGAAUAACACCUGAUUUGAAUUAGAAUUUAUGAAUCACUAAACGAAUAACACAUGAUUUCAAUACGUAUUUUAAAAUCAUAGAACCAAUAACACUAGAUUUAGUUUAGAUUUUUAAAUCCAUCAAAAUACACCAACCAAUAACCCCACGUAAAGUGGUAAUCUAUCCAUCCCUCGAAUCACUUAGAUUAAACUUAGUUGUGUGAGAACUUUUAAGGUCACUUGGACCAUAUUAGAUUAAAGCCCAUUUGAUAAAACAAAGAUUAAAGUCUUAAUUUGAAGUAGAAGUGGUUGGGCGGACUCUUUAGCAAGAGAAAUAAGAAUUAGUGGCUAUAUUUUCUUCCGUAUAGAUAAGACACAGAUAGACGAAGGUGCUUUUCGGAGAAUCGGCUUAUCUGACCAAACACUUUAUCUAUUUUAUAUGGAUAACUGAAAAAAAAAACUCCACAUCUUCUGAUUCUACUAAACUAGCAUUCGUGCAGCUAAGAUGGAUCGUAUCGGAAGUCUACCUAACGAUGUUAUUUGUCAUAUAUUGUCUUUCCUGACGACAAAGGAAGCUGGUUUAACCUCGAUUCUCUCCAAAAGAUGGCGUAAUCUCUUCACACUCGUCCCUAGCCUCGACAUUGACGACUCCGUGUUUCUUAUUCAUGAAGAAGGUAAGCGGGAACGAGAUGGUAUUCUUGAAAGCUUCAUGGAUUUCGUGGAUAGGGUUUUGGCUUUGCAAGGUGAUACUCACAUCAAGAAAUUCUCCUUGAAAUGCAAAACUGGCAUCGACACAGACCGUGUGAACCUUUGGAUAUGUAAUGUCCUCCAACGUGGCGUUAAAAGCCUUGAACUUGUCCUAGAUUUUCAUGGAUCCGAUGAUGACAACUAUAUGUAUUUUCUGCCCGAUGAGAUGUUCGUUAGUACCAAACUGGUAGAGCUGAGUUUAAGAAGCGAGUUUGGUGUUGAUUGGUCGCGUAGAGGUGCAGACACUUUCUUACCAAUGCUUAAGACUCUCACCUUUGAAUCUACGUGGAUUCUGUUGUGUGAAGAUCUCGAGGUGUUCCUCUCUGCUUUCCCUGUUCUCGAGGAGUUCCACAUGGCUGAUAUUGCGUGGCCGCAAAUGGAUGAAUCCGUGUCAAGUCAAAGCCUCAGGAAGUUAACUAUCUACGCUAGCGGUUUCCGUGACUUUCGAAAUCCGAAGAGCAUUUCGUUUGAUACUCCGAAUCUAGUUUACCUUGAGUAUUCUGAUUAUGUUGCCGCGGAUUAUCCAAAAGUUAACUUGCCCGAUCUAGCUGAGGCUGUACUCGACCUUAAGUUAAAUGGACGUGACAUUUUACUAAUACGAGCACCAAAUGAUGAAGAUGAUGUUUCUCUGCGUCUUAGAAAUGUGUGGAAGCUCAUAACUGGCUUAAGAAAUGUUCAGAGACUUAUCAUUUCUGCUGAGACUCUUGAGGUACUGUCUCUAUGCUGUGAGUCGAUGCCGGUGUUCAACAACCUCAAAUGUCUAGGUAUUAUUAGUGCUGAUGAUUUGGGAUGGCAAGCAAUGCCGGUUCUCUUGAGGAAAUGUCCACAUGUAGAAACUCUAGUCCUUGAGGGUCUCUUACACUAUGUGACUGACAAAUGCGGGGAUGUAUGUGACUGCAUAUCUCGGGAGGACAAAGGGCGUUCUCUUUUAUCAUGUCCAGUAAAGAAGUUGGAGAUCAGAGAGUUUCAAGGAACAGUUAGAGAGAAAGAGAUGAUAAGGCAUUUCUUGGAGUAUUUCCCUUGUUUGGAUGAUAUGGAAGUAUAUGCCGACGACCAGAAUGCUACAAACUUGGAAGGAAAUAUAAUUUUUAAAAUCAUCGCACAUAAGGUCGACGAGGAGGAGGUCUCCACCAAGACGGUGCUAUUAUUAUAUGGCAAAUUGUUUUCUGAGAGUAUGUCCCAAACCCAGAUGGAGGAGAUCUCCUCUCAGUUUACACCCCGCAACAAAAAAAAUAAGUACGAUUUUUUUUACAUCUUGCAUGGAGCUCCUCCUCCAACGCAGGAGAUGUCUCAGGACCUUAAAGAGCAGCUUGAUGCUGCUAAGACCAAACUUGCGGAAUUUAAUGAGGAAUAUAAGGAGAGGCAACGAGUCCAUGAUGCUAUGUUUGAUGGAAUUGUUGAUCAGAACACGAUGAUAGCAUCAGCAUUGAAGGCUCGACAAUCUGCUGCAGAAUCAGAGGCGUCUAACGAUCAGGAGAAGAAGCGGGACUUCGGGGCUCUGUUUGAAAUCAUGGCGUACCUGUCUCCAGAUUUUGCAACAGCGUUGACAGCUACGUGGGACUGACUUAGAGCUAGGGGAGGCGUCGAGGGAUCAGGGGGAGAUGACCAAGCUCGACCAAACUAUGUCCACAGCUGUGGCAGCGUAUGUUUUGCCCCGAGAUGGACACUAGAUUUAUGAUUGUUUCUAAUUUGUAAAACUUAUACUUAUAUUACUCCCUCAGUAUCACUUUAAGUGAUGUUUAGAGUAAAUAAAAUUGUUUCAAAAUAAUUGAUAUUAUCAUUAUUCUAGAUAGAAUUUAAUACAAUUAAAUUUUGUGACAA